UCGUUUUUUUUGGUCAUGUCACUGUACCUUUUAUAUGUAUGGAGUCCCUUUUCUGAUUCUUCUGAAUAUCAACAUUUUUUUUAUUUUGUGUUAAAGGGAACUGUGAGACUUCUUUUUCAACCCGCAGAAGAAGGCGGAGCAGGUGCUUUGCAUAUGAUAAAGGAAGGUGCUCUUGAAGGUGUAGGAGCAAUCUUUGGCAUGCAUGUUGAUUACCAAUUACCCACAGGAUCUAUAUCUUCCUAUCCGGGACCGACAAAUGCUGCUGUAUGCUUCUUUGAAGCUAAAAUAGAGGGUAAAAGUGGAAAUGCUGCGAGUCCUCAUCUGAAUGUGGACUCGGUAGUUGCUACAUCUUUUGCUAUUUUGGCAAUGCAACAACUUAUUUCUAGAGAAGAUGAUCCUCACCAUAGCCAAGUACUGUCUGUUACUUAUGUCAAGGGCGGAGAAUCACAUGACACAACACCACCUUUUGUCGAGUUUGGGGGAACUUUGAGGAGUCUUACAACUGACGGCCUGUACAGGCUCCAGAGAAGGGUUAAAGAGGUAAUAGAGGGUCAGGCACUGGUACACAUGUGCAAAGCUUUCAUUAGCAUGAAAGAUGAAGAAUACCCAGCAUACCCUGCUGUUGAGAAUGACGAGAGAUUACAUCAGCAUGUACAGAAGAUCGGCAGUCUUAUGCUUGGUCCAGAUAAUGUGAAAAUGGGGAAGAAGAUAAUGGCCGGUGAGGAUUUUGCAUUCUAUCAGCAGCUGAUUCCUGGUGUGAUAUUUGGCAUUGGAAUGGCAAAUGAGAAAUUGGGUGCGGUCCAUUCUGCCCAUUCCCCUUAUUUUUUCAUCGAUGAAAAGGUCCUUCCCAUCGGAGCAGCAUUACAUAGUGCAAUUGCAGAAGCAUAUCUAGAUGAGCGCAGAAAGUUUGAAGGACAGUGUGGACCUGUACUCUCAUAAAAAGCUAUGAGGCCUUUAUGAAUUGUAGUAUUGUACAUAUCUAAUAUUUGUAUAGUUUUGUUGCAAGAAUAACAGUCUGGUUGUCGGUAUCCAUGUUCAAAAAGGAAAUUAGUUGCUGUUAGAACUUGGUAGCUUAGGGCAUACAAUAGGUGCAAUCAUUGUGAACUUCUUUAUGCAGAACUUAUUUUCAACAGAAAGUUUGUUGAAGUCUGAGUUCUGGGAAGAGUUGGAGAAGGAUUAGGAGAUUAUUUAGAGGUUCUUAAGAUUGUUAUUUGGUUGGGGAAUUUGAGUCUACUGUUAAUAGUUAUUUAAGGAAUAUGAUCAUGCAUGAUCUUACUACUGAUCGAUAUUGUUGGCUUUA